AUUCAUAAAUAAAAAUAUCAUUCAUUCAAGUAUACUCACUUUUUCUUGAAGUGCGGAAAGCAUGUAAAUGUAUGUGAGAAAAUCACAUUUUUUUUUCUUAUGAUUAAGCGCUAAGUCACUCAAGCUUUAAUUUUAUUCGUAAAACGCGAAACAAUGGCAAGUAGCGAGGAACCUACUGGGCCCCUGUCUAAGGAGGAUAUCGAGGCGGCGGAUAGAUGGAAAAACGAAGCUAAUGAAUACUUUAAAAAGCAGAAUUACAAUACCGCAAUUGACCUGUACUCAAAGGCGAUAGAGAAAAACCCUAAUAAUGCCGUGUACUUUGCGAAUAGAAGUAUAUCUAACUUGCGGUUGGAGAAUUUCGGUUAUGCCCUCACGGAUGCGUCGCGGGCGAUCGAGUUGGAUAGGUCCUACACAAAGGCCUACUACAGGAGGGCCGCAGCAUAUAUGUCUCUUGGGAAGUACAAACUAGCACUUAAGGAUUUUGAAUUUGUAACCAAAGUUAGGCCAAAUGAUCAGGAUGCAAAAAUGAAAUAUAAUGAAUGUAACAAAAUUGUGAAAAAGAUUGCAUUUGAAAAGGCCAUCUCCGUAGACAAGAAAGAAGUUAACAUUGCUGACUCCAUCAACCUGGACGCCAUGACCAUUGAGGAUGAAUAUGAAGGCCCAGCUCUGGAAAAUGGCAAGGUGACACUGAAAUUUGUCACUGAACUAAUGGAACAUUAUAAGCAGCAGAAAAAACUUCACAAGAAAUAUGCUUAUAAGAUACUAAUUGACGUCAAAAGCUAUCUACAAAAACAACCAUCCCUCGUAGACAUCAAAGUUGGAGACGACAAGAAAUUCACAGUCUGCGGAGACAUUCACGGACAGUACUAUGAUUUAAUGAACAUUUUCGCCCUAAACGGGCUACCGUCUGAAACUAAUCCCUAUCUGUUCAAUGGAGACUUUGUGGAUCGGGGGUCAUUCAGUGUGGAGUGUAUCUUCACCCUGUUCAGCUUCAAGCUGCUAUACCCUGACCACUUUUACAUGUCUAGAGGAAACCACGAGACCUUGGACAUGAACCGCAUGUACGGGUUCCGCGGCGAAGUGACCUCCAAGUACACGUCCCAGAUGGCAGACCUCUUCACCGAGGUGUACAACUGGCUGCCGUUAGCGCACUGCAUCAACAGCAGGGUUCUGGUGAUGCACGGAGGAUUGUUCUCGAAGGAUGAUAUUACGUUGGAUGAUAUUAGGAGGACGGACAGGAAUAAACAGCCACCGGAGGAUGGCAUAAUGUGCGAGCUCCUCUGGUCGGACCCGCAGCCGAUGCUCGGCCGCUCGCCGUCCAAGCGCGGCGUGGGCUGCCAGUUCGGGCCCGACGUGACGGCCAACUUCCUGCAGCGGAAUGGGCUUCAGUACAUCAUCCGGAGCCACGAGGUCAAGAACGAUGGCUAUGAGCUGGCGCAUGAUGGACAGUGUAUUACUGUCUUCUCUGCGCCUAACUACUGUGAUACAAUGGGUAACCUGGGUGCUUUCAUCACAAUGAAUGGCAAAGACCUCAAGCCGAACUUCACCACCUACGAGGCAGUGCCUCACCCCGACGUUAAACCGAUGGCGUACGCCAACUCGUUCCUCAGCAUGCUCUGCCAAUAAUGAGACCACGCCGGUUAGCCACACACCGCCAACACUGACUUGUCAUAUUCAGACAGUAACAUC